CAACAUCGAAGUAGAAACUUCGCGAAUACAGUUUCCUGAUUCAUUAGUUUUCCCUCUUCUAUUUCAUUGAAAUUUUGAAAAGUUUCUAUUGAAAGUAUCUUUUUUGCUUCGAAUAAAGAUCUUAAUUGAUUCCAAUUGGAAAAGCAUUGAAUUAAAACAAUGAAAAGAAUACAGUUAUUGACACGUGAACAUUAAAAAAAUUCUUAGCAUAUACAUAUAAGAUUUUUUACUAAAAUGGACUCACGACAGUAUUUGUUUUCCACUAUAUUAAUUUUAUUAGUACUGGCAACACGCAUCCAUGGCCUGACGCGACCAAUAAAAAUCGGAGCAAUCUUUCACAAAGGCGAUGAACAUCUUAACUCUGCAUUCUUAAAAGCAAUCUCUGACACAAAAUACGAAAAUCUUGCACCCGCAUUCGAGCUUACCCCUGUCAUUAAGUACAUCGAUGCUAAUACUGAUAGUUUUAAGACUGCCUUAGCUGCUUGCGACCUUCUUGAGGAAGGUGUGGCAGCCAUUUUUGGACCUGCAAGCAGGCAUACUCGUGGUAUAGUUGCGAGCAUUGCAGCUCUAUAUGAUAUACCGCACAUUGAAUAUGUCUGGCGGGAAAACGAAGGAUCAAUAGAGAAAAACGAAAAAAAGAAGAUUCUAUCGUCGAUGACUAUAAAUGUAUUUCCUGCCAGUGAGCAAGUCAGCCAGGCUAUUGCUGAUGUCAUUGCAUCAAUGAAAUGGCGAAAUUUCGCAGCGAUUUACGAAACUGACGAGGGACUAUCGCGCCUACAGAAGACUUUGACUCUAAAAGGAGACAAAGAUAAUCCGAUUGUACACACAGUACGACAGUUGAACGAAGAAUCGGAUUAUCGUGCGAUGCUUAAAGAGAUACGCUCUUUGUCGGUGUGCAAUAUAAUUAUUGAUGUCAAGCCGGAACAUAUUAUGGAAGUGCUCCAAAAAGCAAAGGAAGUCAGAUUGUUAGCAGAUUAUUGCGAUUUUGUGUUAACAUAUAUGGAUUCAUCCAAGCUACCUAUCCUCGAGAUGCGAAAUGGUACGGUUAAUAUCACUGGAUUGAGCAUAAGAGAGAAUGACAUAGAAGGAAUUGAUUGGCUGGAUUCAGCGGUUCUCUAUGACGCAGUAUUUUUAUUACAAAAAGCAUUAGAGACUUUAAAUGCAAGAAAUAUUGAUAACGAAGAAUAUAUGUCCAUUGAUCCUAUACCACUUUCUUGUACUAAUAAUACUAUAAAGUAUCAAGUGGGACCUAAUAUUACCAGCGUUAUGCGAGAGUUGUCACAAGUGGGAAAGAUAACGGGCUUUAUGAACAUUGACGAGUACGGUCGUCGACAAGAUUUUAACGUAAAAAUUUUUAAUUUUCGACCAUCGGGUAUGGUACAAACAGGUUUCUGGGAACGUUUGAGCGGUGUAAAUAUUCUACGGACUCAAAAGGAGCAAGACAGCUAUUUAUACAAAUCCAUGGAAGAAAAGACAUUCACGAUUAGCGUAAAAGAAAGUGCUCCGUACAUAAUGGAGGUAAAGGAUGGUUCAAUGCGCGGAGAAUUGAUCGAUCAAAAACGCUAUGAAGGUUAUUGCAUCGAUCUGAUUAAUUAUAUAGCAAAAUUUCUACAUUUCAAGGGAGUAGUAUUUGAAAUGGUACCCGAUCAAAAGCAUGGCAAAUAUGAUCCAGUCACAAAGACGUGGGAUGGUUUAAUCAGGCGCAUUUUGGAUCGUGAAGCCGAUCUUGCAAUAUGUGAUUUAACCAUUACAUACGAGCGCAAGAGCGCUGUGGAUUUUAGUUUGCCGUUCAUGAAUCUCGGUAUAAGCAUUGUAUUUAACAAACCGGAAGAGAAGGUACCAGACUUUUUUUCCUUUUUACUACCUUUAAGCACCGAAGUAUGGUUCUACAUGGCAACUGCUUUUCUCGGGGUAUCGAUAAUGUUAUUCCUUCAGGCGAGAAUGGCACCUGGUGAGUGGGACAAUCCGCAUCCAUGCAAUGCCGAUCCUGAAGAACUCGAAAACAAUUUCAACUUUAAAAACUCGUUUUGGUUGAAUAUUGGUUCACUUAUGCAGCAAGGUUCCGAUAUAUUGCCAAAAGCACCGUCUCUGCGCAUGCUUGCAAGCAUGUGGUGGUUCUUCACCUUGAUCAUGAUCAGCUCAUAUACAGCGAAUCUAGCCGCCUUUCUCACAGUGGACAAAAUGGACGCGCCUAUUAAAGGUGUUGAAGAUUUAGCCAAGCAAACAAAAAUCAAAUACGGUGCAUUAGAGGGUGGGUCAACGUCUACAUUCUUCAAAGAUUCGAACUAUUCAACGUACAAACGAAUGUGGGCUACAAUGUUAGACUCUAGGCCAAGCGUAUUCACAUCAAAUAAUGAUGAAGGUGUCGACCGAGUUAUCAAGGGCAAAAGACAAUAUGCCUUUCUCAUGGAAUCCACUACCAUCGAAUAUAAAAUGGAGCGCAACUGCGAUAUAAUCAAAAUAGGCGGACUAAUUGACAACAAAGGCUAUGGCAUAGCUAUGCCGCGCAAUUCUCCAUAUAGAACACCGAUUAAUCGUGCGAUCCUAACGCUGGGAGAGAAAGGUGUACUGCUGGCACUCAAAAAAAAGUGGUGGCAAGAUAUAGGAGGAGGUUUAUGCAUAGAGGAUGAAGCAGAAAAGAGUGCAAGCACAAGCGAAUUAGGAUUGGCAAGCGUCGGAGGUGUAUUCUUUGUUUUAAUGUGUGGCUUGUGCGGUUCAUUUUUUAUCGCAAUUUGCGAAUUUCUGUGGAAUAUACGUAAAGUCGCUGUGACAGAAAAGGUUACGCCGUGGGAAGCACUAAUUGCCGAGUUAAAAUUUGCUGUGAACAUCUUUGAAGUGACUAAACCCGUUAAAAUUUCCAAGAGUAGCAACAGCAGCGCAAGCUCUAUGGGUGGAUUUGGCAGAGCUGCAUCCACAGCUCGAUCUAUCGUUGGCUCUUUCUUACGUCUUGAUAUGGUCGAUAAAUUCGAUAAAGACCUCAACAUGAGCAAUCGCACCAACGAUCGUAAAAUUAAUUGA